CUUUCACUCACUCACUUUGAAAGCCUACAUACUCCAGAAAAACCACCGCAACAAUGCAGUCCUUCGUCCUCCUCCUCACCCUCUUGCCCCUCGCUUUCGCGGCCCCGGCCGCCCAGGACGCUCAAGCAGCAUGCGUCUGCGAGGACGUGUUUUGCAUCCAGUCCUGGCCUGAGUCCUGCAUCUGCGCCAACAACGCCAAAAUCGACUGCUACAACAAGUGCGGCGGCGCGUACCCGACGCUGGGGGACUGCAAUGCGAACGUUGCUGCUCCCGCGGCCGUGAAGGCCCGCGCCCCCCAGUCCGACCUCAAGCCCGAGUGCGGCAGCCGCGGCCUCCCCAACUGCCCUGCUGGUCAGGAGUGCGUCAAGCUUCCGGGCGCGACCUGUGGCCCCGAAUCUGACUGUGGUGGCGUGUGCAUUAUCAAGGAGUACUUGCAGUGUGGUGGUUUUGCUGGCACGGAGUGCCCGGCUGGUCUGCAGUGUGUCGAUGACCCGAGGGAUGACUGCGACCCGAACAAUGGCGGUUCGGAUUGUAUUGGUAUUUGCCAGUAGGAGGAAGUUUGAUGGGUUUGAGAGGAGGUGAGGGACGUGGGCGGCGGUGGCGGGGAUGGGGAUGUUUGCUCUAAAUUUUCCUUCUCGUGUGUGUACGUUCCUUUCUCCGCCCUUUAUUUCAAUGUUUCCUGUAUCUGUUUGCACACUCCUUUGUUACAUUAGAUACCUACAAAUUAAACCUUCACGGUAACAUAACCUCCG